UUACACCGGCUUUACUGUUCUGGUUUCUUGUGUAGUCUUUCCAAGAAUAUAUUUAAACAAAAGACAGCAAAAGAGGAAAGAGAGAAGCAGGGGUCGUCGUUGCUGGUUUGGUUCUGACCGAAAUGUGUUCUUCGUUUGUGAUUUUGGAAUAAUGCAAAAUUGUUGCCAGAAAAUGUGACCCUAUCAAACAUUUACCACCAGCUACAUACAGUGCCUUCUUCAAUUAAAUAUAAAUACUGAAGCCAAACCGAUGGUUCGAUCUCUCGUUUUACUGGCACCAAUUGCAGAUUAAAACUGAAUUAAAGGCAGUAAAAUAAGAAUUUCCUGUUGGUUCAAAGAAUUCUUUCUACUUCCAUUUCUCACCUGAGAACUUCACACAUUCAACAGUGCUUUGGAAAUUUAACCUUUCUUAAGAAACUGAGGAAUAAAAUUCGAGUGACAAACACCAUGGCGAAUAAUUAUAAUAUGAACCAGACUCUGCCUGACGGUAGCAACAUAAACUAUCCAUUAUCUCUGUAUGGAGACAACCAAAGAUCUCAGCAUCUCACAGACUACACCAACUCUAAUCUGCUCCCUCGAAACUUGUACAGAGACAUGAAUCAUGACAUGGACAGAAAUAUGGCUACCAACAACAGCAACAACAACAACAACAGAAGCGUGUGUCUUUAUUGUGGGGAGGUUUUCCCCAGCACAACCAGUCUAAGAAUACAUUUGAAAUCACACAUUGCAAAACCGUCGAAUCUAUCGUCACAAAAUCAAUCGCUUUCCGAUCUUUCAGGCAACCAAGAUAUUGAUCCAAGUCCAACUCAUGGUCUUGAUUUUAAUCUUGAUGUUGAUCUUGCUCAGAAUUUGGAUACUAAUGCUGGAUCAAUUCCUAAUUAUGCUGGCAACACUAGUAAAUUUAACAAAGAUCAAAGCUACCAAGAAAAAGCCAUCAAUAAUAAGGGUGCUUCGAAUAGCAAUGAAGAUUAUAGCGAUCAGCUGGCUAACCAAAUGGAAUCCAACAAAGAUUGCGAGGACAGUGUAACAAGUAAUUUGCCCAGAUGUGAUCAGUGUAAUCGUGUGUUCUCGUGUAAGUCUGAUUUAACGACUCAUCUUCGUUCUCAUAAAUCAGAACAGCCUUAUCAGUGCAUUCAUUGCUUGAAGACAUUUGCAUAUGGCUUCAGGUUGAAGAUCCAUAUACGAUCACAUAGCGGAGAGAGGCCCUACCAAUGCACCUUCUGUGCUAAAACUUUCACCACCAACUCAAACCUCAAGAUACAUACCCGUACACACACCGGAGAACGUCCUUAUCAUUGUAACCACUGUCCACGCACAUUUGCUAGACCGGACACUCUGCAAGAGCAUACACGCACCCACACUGGUGAAAGACCUUACGAAUGCGCUUACUGCGACCGAACAUUUGCCGUCAGUUCUCACCUUAAUGUCCAUCUACGGCGCCAUACGGGAGAGAAACCUUAUCAGUGCCCUACCUGUGAACUUGCAUUCAUCAGCAGUUCCCGACUUCGUGUCCAUCGCCGUGUACACAGUGGGGAACGUCCUUAUAGCUGCCCCCAUUGUUGCAAAUGCUUCUCACACAAGACUACCCUCCAGGGUCACAUUAGAACACACACUGGGGAACGUCCGUUCACUUGUGUUUAUUGUAGUCGUACAUUUUCUCGUCAGGAUAUUCUCGGGCUGCACCUGAAAAGUCAUACAGGUGAGAGUCUAUUUAAAUGUCUCCACUGUCCUAAAAACUUCACCAACCGAAGCCUGCUCCGUCGUCAUAUUCGCAUUCAUACAGGCGAUAAACCGUUCCAUUGUGAAGCUUGUCCUAAAAUGUUCACAAAUAGCUUCAAUCUUAAAGUACAUAUGAGAACUCAUACUGGGGAAAAGCCAUACAAAUGUGAUCAGUGUGGGAAAGAAUUUUCCAGACAAGAUACACUGAAAAAACAUACUAGGACUCAUAAAGGCUAGCUGUGGCUCCGAAGCAUUUCCUUCACUGAUUAUAUAGUUCUAAAUUUUAAUAUAUCAUUUCAUAGUUAUUUAUAUACAUCUCUCAAGUGCUAUACUUCUAACAUUUUUUUUUUUUUGUCAUAAUUUUCUAUUAAUUUGCUAACUUGAGGUAAAAUGGUUGUGAGGUUAACAUGGUGGAUUAAUGACCACAUGCUCAUGUAGUUCAGAUGUUACUACUGUUAUUGUUUUGUGCUCCUAAAUGGGGUAAUUAACUCUGUCUGAAUGGAUACAAAACAGGUUCGACCACUCCUACAUCAAAGAGAAAUGGUUUGUAGUAAAAAGUGCAUCUAACUACUAAAGAAAUUGCUCUGACAAUAAACUGUUCCACUCAUGCAAACAUGCAAAAGUGGGUAACUUUUUUUAAACUAUGUUGUACAAAGGAAAAAACACACAAAUUAUCAGAAAUUGUGUCAAUCUGAUUAUCUUUGGCAGCCCUCACUUAAAACUGGUAAACUGAUAGUUUACACACAUACAUAUAUUUGUAUCCCUUUAUAGUUCUAUAAUCCAAUCCUAUUAUGAAACCAAAAUGGUAAACAAGUUGUUGCUCUCUUUUUUUUUUUUUUUUUUUUUUUUUUGUCAUAAUUUUCUAUUAAUUUGCUAACUUGAGGUAAAAUGGUUGUGAGGUUAACAUGGUGGAUUAAUGACCACAUGCCCAUGUAGUUCAGAUGUUACUACUGUUAUUGUUUUGUGCUCCUAAAUGGGGUAAUUAACUCUGUCUGAAUGGAUACAAAACAGGUUCGACCACUCCUACAUCAAAGAGAAAUGGUUUGUAGUAAAAAGUGCAUCUAACUACUAAAGAAAUUGCUCUGACAAUAAACUGUUCCACUCAUGCAAACAUGCAAAAGUGGGUAACUUUUUUUAAACUAUGUUGUACAAAGGAAAAACACACAAAUUAUCAGAAAUUGUGUCAAUCUGAUUAUCUUUGGCAGCCCUCACUUAAAACUGGUAAACUGAUAGUUUACACACAUACAUAUAUUUGUAUCCCUUUAUAGUUCUAUAAUCCAAUCCUAUUAUGAAACCAAAAUGGUAAACAAGUUGUUGCUCUCUUUUUUUUUUUUUUUUUCAUUUUUGUCAAAUUUUACUUUUGGUAAACCUGGAACUUCUGAAUGGAUCAGUUUUCAUAAACAUAACUACAAUGAGAUGUUUAUAAGAUGGCUUAUAAAAACUCUUAAUAUUUGUGAGUAGCAAGUAAAAUGGUGAGCUGGCAGAAUCAUUAUUGCAUCAGGAGAAAAAGUUUAGCAACAUUUCUUCAAAUUCUGCCAUGUUUGACUUUCAGGGUUGAUAAAAGAAGUACCGGUUGAGUACUGGGGUUGAUAUAAUCGACUGCCCCUGAAAUUGCUGGCCCUGUGCCUAAAUUUGAAAUGCAUAUUGUGAGUAACAAAUGUCUCAUUAACUUUUGUUUCCAAAGAAGACAAUUUUCAUUAAUAAUAACCUGUCUGUAUUCGGAUAAACUUCAUUGUAAACAUAUUCCAAAGCAAAUGCAGAAUCGUUUUACUUUAAUUCUUCUCUGUAUUGAGGAAUGACAGGAUGUGAGCAUUUAUUUGCCUUUGUAUACUGCAUGGUGCAAAAGUAGGUAUACAGUUUAAAAA